AUGAAUGAGGAAGUGGAAGAAAAUGAGUUCAUGUUACGACCGAUAAACUGCGAACUGAAUCAACUUUCUAUGCCCGAUGGAUCGGCUAUGUUGAUGCAAGGAAAUACCGCAGUUGUAGCUGGAAUUUAUGGACCAAUAGAACCGAAACCACAGAAAAUGAUGUACGACAGAGCAUCAGUUGAGGUGACAUAUACUCCAAUCAAAGGACCAGCUAAGGUGGAUGACAGGAUGACAGAAAUGUAUAUAAAGGAAACAUGUGAAGCUGCAAUAAUUGUCACAUUCCAUCCAGCAACAGCUAUAUGCAUUAACAUACAAGAGUUAGAAGAUUCUGGUGGGCUAUUAGCUUGCACAAUCAAUGCAACCUGUUUGGCUCUUAUCAAUGCAGGAAUUCCAAUGAAAUUCACUAUUGCAGCAGUUAACUGCAUGAUAGAGGAAGCUACUGGAAAUUUCAUACUAGAUCCAGACAGUGUUCAAUUGCAGGAUUCCAAAGCCGAAUUCACGUUUGCCUUCGACAGUAUGAAAAAGGACGUCAUAUGCUGUUAUACCGCUGGUCGUUUCACGGAGGAAGAAUUUCUAGAAGCAAUAGACAAAUGUAAACAAGCUAGCCAAUAUAUAUUCGAUUUUUACAGAAAUCUUGUAAAAAAAUUUGCGAAUUUAAUAUAA